AUGGGCAAGAAAAGCAAAUUGGGCAAGAGCCGGAGGGACAAGUUCUACCACCUGGCUAAGGAGACGGGCUUUCGCUCCCGCUCCUCCUUCAAGCUUCUCCAGCUCAAUAGGAAGUUCCAGUUCCUGCAGAAGGCCCGCGCACUGCUGGACCUGUGUGCAGCCCCCGGCGGGUGGCUGCAGGUGGCUUCUAAAUUCAUGCCGGUUUCCAGCUUGAUCAUUGGGGUGGACUUGGUCCCCAUCAAGCCCAUUCCCAACGUAGUGACGCUGCAGGAGGACAUCACCACUGAGAAGUGCCGCCAGGCACUGCGCAAGGAGCUGCAGACAUGGAAGGUGGACGUGGUGCUGAAUGACGGAGCGCCCAACGUGGGAGCCAGCUGGGUGCAUGAUGCCUACUCCCAAGCCAACCUGACCCUCAUGGCCCUGAAACUGGCCUGUGAAUUCCUCUGCAAAGGCGGCUGGUUUAUCACCAAGGUUUUUCGUUCCCGGGACUACCAACCGCUUCUCUGGAUCUUCCAGCAGUUCUUCCAGAAGGUCCAGGCCACCAAGCCCCAAGCCUCCCGUAACGAGUCCGCUGAGAUCUUUGUGGUGUGCCAGGGUUAUCAGGCUCCGGACAAAAUUGACAGCAAGUUCUUUGACCCAAAAUAUGCCUUCAAAGAGGUGGAGGUUCAGGCUAAGUCUGUUACCGAGCUGGUCAGCAAAAAGAAGCCAAAGGCAGAAGGCUACGCAGAUGGUGACAUGACCCUCUACCACCGCUUCACCCUGAUGGACUUCCUCAAGGCUCCCAACCCUGUGGACUUCCUCUCUAAGGCCAACGAGAUCACGCUGGGGGAUGGUGAGCUGGAGAAUCACAGUUCCACCACGGAGGAGCUGCGUCAGUGCUGCAAGGACAUCCGUGUGCUGGGACGCAAAGAGCUCAGGGCCAAAAAGCUGAAGGAGCAGGCAAAGGAGCUGGAUAUCAACCUGAGCUCCGGUGAAGAGGAGGAAGGCAAAGAGGAGGAGAAGAACGAGAAGAAGACAUUGCCAAGAGCCACAGCUGAUGAGGUGGCGAAAGAGGAGGAGGAGGAGGUAGAGCUGGCAUUGGCAGAGAUGAAGGUCAAGGAGCUGGCAGAGUUAAAAAGAAAGAAGAAGAAGAUCCUGAAGGAACAACGGAAGCAGCGUGAGCGUGUGGAGCUGAAGAUGGACCUCCCUGGUGUCUCCAUCGCUGAUGAUGGUGACACCAGCAUGUUCUCCCUCCGGAGUAUCCACAGGACCCCGCUGCUGAACGAGGUGACCCGGGGGGACAUGGCGUCAGCAGAUGCCCUCCUGGAGAUAGGACCAGGGGACGAUGACAUUUGUGUCUCGGAUCACGAGGAAGAUGAUGAUGAUGAUGUGUCCCUGGCUAGCGAUCUGGACCCAGAGGAGCUGGUUGAGAUAGAGGCCCGUCAGCGCCGGCUGGAGCGGGAAAGGCGAGAGCAGGGUGCAAAGAGGGUGAAAUUUAAGCAGAAAGAAGAGGAGGAGGAAGGGGAGGAAGAGGAGAAUCCCCUGCUGGUGCCCCUGGAGGAGAAGUCGGUCCUGGAGGAACGGCAGACCAGCCUGUGGUUUGGGAAGGACGCCUUUGCCGGCAUCGAGGACGAUGCGGAUGAGGACCUGGAGCUGGGGCAGUCACAGAUGUUGGCUGAGAAACAGCGCGAGUGUCAGAGAGAGAAAGCAACAAGGAAAGGGCAGCAGAAGAAGGAACCCCAGGAGGAAGCUCCAGCUGAGCCCCCACCUACCACAGACGGAGGACCCGACGCUGGUAAAGCACAGGAUGAGCAGAGCAGUGAUGAUGACAGCAGCAGCGACGAUGAGAGGCCACUGACACCGGUGGGGAGGAAGCGGGGCCGUGUCGAGCCGUGUGGCUUCGAGGUGGUGCCCAUUGAGAACCCAGUGAAAAGAGCCCGUGUCCUGGAUGCAGAGGGCCUGGCACUCGGCUCCGUCAUCGCCACCUCUAAAAAGGCCAGGCGGGACCUGAUCGAUGACUCCUUCAACAGGUAUUCCUUCAACGAGGAUGAGGGGGAGCUGCCUGAGUGGUUCACGGAGGAGGAGAAGCAGCACCGGCGCAAGCAGAUACCCGUGGACCGGCAGACAGUUGAAGCGUAUCGGCAGCGCUGGCGUGAAAUCAACGCCCGCCCCAUCAAGAAGGUGGCAGAGGCUAAGGCCCGCAAGAAGCGGCGGAUGCUGAAGAAAAUGGAGCAGAUGAAGAAGAAAGCAGAGGCCGUGGUGAGCACGGUGGAUAUCUCGGAGAGGGAGAAGGUGGCCCAGCUGCGGCGCAUCUACAAGAAGGCUGGGCUGGCCAAGGAGAAGCGGCAGGUCACCUACUUGGUGGCUAAGAAAGGCGUAGGACCCCGGGUGCGUCGUCCUCCCGGCGUCAAAGGCCAGUUCAAGGUGGUCGACAGCCGCCUGAAGAAGGACGUGAGGGCUCAGAAGCGCAAAGAACAGAAGAAAAAACGCCAUAAGUGA